CGCUCCGCACCGCCCCCGGCGCCAUGGCGUGCAGCCUCAAGGACGAGCUGCUGUGUUCCAUCUGCCUGAGCAUCUACCAGGACCCGGUGAGCCUGGGCUGCGAGCACUACUUCUGCCGCCGCUGCAUCACCGAACACUGGGUGCGGCAGGAGGCGCAGGGCGCCCGCGACUGCCCGGAGUGCCGGCGCACGUUCGCCGAGCCCGCGCUGGCGCCCAGUCUCAAGCUGGCCAACAUCGUGGAGCGCUACAGCGCCUUCCCGCUGGACGCCAUCCUCAACGCGCGCCGCGCCGCGCGACCCUGCCAGGCGCAUGACAAGGUCAAGCUCUUCUGCCUCACAGACCGCGCGCUGCUCUGCUUCUUCUGUGAUGAGCCCGCGCUGCACGAGCAGCACCAGGUCACCGGCAUCGACGAUGCCUUCGAGGAGUUGCAGAGGGAGCUGAAGGAGCAGCUUCAAGCCCUUCAGGACAGCGAGCGUGAGCACACCGAGGCGCUACAGCUACUUAAACGACAGCUGGCGGAGACCAAGUCCUCCACCAAGAGCCUGCGGACCACCAUCGGGGAGGCCUUUGAGCGGCUGCACAGGCUUCUCCGCGAGCGGCAGAAGGCCAUGCUGGAGGAGCUGGAGGCUGACACCGCCCGCACGCUGACGGACAUAGAGCAGAAGGUCCAGCGCUACAGCCAGCAACUGCGGAAGGUGCAAGAGGGGGCCCAGAUCCUGCAGGAGCGGCUGGCCGAGACGGACCGGCACACCUUCCUGGCUGGAGUGGCCUCCCUGUCUGAGAGGCUCAAGGGGAAGAUCCAUGAGACCAACCUGACAUACGAAGAUUUCCCAACCUCCAAGUACACGGGCCCUCUGCAGUACACCAUCUGGAAGUCUCUUUUCCAGGACAUCCACCCAGUGCCAGCUGCCCUGACCCUGGACCCAGGCACCGCCCACCAGCGCCUGAUCCUGUCUGAUGAUUGCACCAUCGUGGCCUAUGGGAAUCUGCACCCACAGCCCCUGCAGGACUCACCAAAGCGCUUUGAUGUGGAGGUGUCGGUGCUGGGCUCCGAAGCCUUCAGUAGUGGUGUCCACUACUGGGAGGUGGUGGUGGCCGAGAAGACCCAAUGGGUGAUUGGGUUGGCCCACGAGGCUGCCAGCCGCAAGGGCAGCAUCCAGAUCCAGCCUAGUCGUGGCUUCUACUGCAUUGUCAUGCAUGAUGGCAACCAGUACAGCGCAUGCACAGAGCCCUGGACGCGGCUCAACGUCCGUGACAAGCUUGACAAAGUGGGUGUCUUCCUGGACUACGACCAGGGCCUCCUCAUCUUCUACAAUGCCGAUGACAUGUCCUGGCUCUACACCUUCCGAGAGAAAUUCCCUGGCAAGCUCUGCUCCUACUUCAGCCCUGGCCAGAGCCAUGCCAAUGGCAAGAAUGUCCAGCCACUAAGGAUCAACACUGUCCGAAUCUAAUCCGGGCCAAGGGAGACCAAAGCCUACUGGGUCUGUGACCACCAGCAAGAGCCUUGCCCAGCAGACGGGAGCCUGGAUUACUCAGACCCACCGUGGCCACCCUGAGACCUCAGGCCAGUUGUUUAUCCCCCAGCCUCUUCUGCCCUGCCUGUGAGCUGGAGAUUGUGGUCCAUGGGUAAUAUCCUGUGGCUCUGAUCAUAAUGGGAUGUGACGUGGCUUCUCCCCAGGGCUGCCCUUGCCCAACCCAUCAUCCCUAUUCUCCCAGGGACAAGAAAUCUCCCUCCUUCUGCCCAGGUGACCUAGCCUCGUGACAGAUCAGAUGAGAUCACUAGCUAGCAGCCCAAAAGAUAUACAGAAUCCUCUUAUGCUUGUGGCCUAGGACGUGACUCGGCCCUGACCAAGAGAGUAAUGGGCCAUUUUACUCUUGACCCAAGUCCACAGGAGACCCGGGUGGGAGCUGAUCCUAGGGUUGUCUGAGGUCACCCUCUCCUGCCACCCCUGCACCAAGCCGAGAGCUGUGGGUUUCCUCCUCUCCCACUAAUCUUCAAGUCAGAGACGAUGCUGUGGCAUUUGACAGGCAGCCCACACAGUACAGUCACGCCACUACCUUCCAGUCCAUGGACUCUGGGGCAGGGUGAGGCGUAAAGGCCCCAGAAACCAACACAGAAUACUGUCAGGGCAAAGCACCAAUGGACGAUCCAUGUCCCAGCCAGCCCUCAUCAGCCAGGCUUCUGUGACCUGCUAUGGGGACAGAGAGGGCACUGGUUCUUUGUAUCAGGACCUGCCUGAACCCCAGGAGGGCUGUUGGUGGGGACCACCUUGGACUUGGCAUCUGACUCCCACAGGAUCCUGAUGCACAAACAAAAACCACUUUAGUUGGCUUCAUCAGACAAGAAUUCGAAAUUAGCUCCCUGGUGGCUUGCAAGAUCACUGGAAGGGCUGGAGGAGGAGAGCCUUGGGGUUUCCAGAAACAACUCCAAGUAGCUAACGGGAUCGUGUCUCGAGUAACCAGGAAAGCUGUUUCCACUUGCAGGGAGCCCCUGCCUCACAAGCUGCUCGCUGCCACUGUCCAUACCAGCAAGUGAUUGUCCGAGCCUGCCUCUCUCUCUCUCUCUCAACUCAGGUUCCAAAUCAACAUCUUUCAGAGGGAUCCCUUUGGGGAAACCUGAGUCAGAGCCCAGACUUUGACAGCAAAGAAGUCUGGGAAAUGUAGUUUUUCCAGCCUCAGCCAUACAGAAAGUUAACGUGGAGGUGGAACCGGCCCAUCUACGGUUUCCUUGCCACAGCAUCCAACUGUGCAGAACUCAGGAGAAUCCAUGAAUCCACCUCAAGGCCUUGACUUUGAAGCAGAGCUGCUAGAGAUGUCCUGCUCCAUGGCUCUGUCCCUGCCUGUCCCUGCCCAGAGGCAACAACCUCAGGAGUAGGUAGUAGUAGUAGUAAGAAGUGCAACCAAAAUGGCCCCCCAGCCUCGCUGUAGUCCUGGGACUUCAAUCCUGUAUUUGGGAUUCGGUGAGCAUGCCCAUCUCCAAGGAGCCAGAAUGGACGAACUUGAGGGGCUCCCACUUACAGCUGCCAUGCACUGGGGCCUCCCUGAGCAAGAGGAAUCCUGCGCCCUAUUCACACCCUCAACUCCCAGACUCCAGGCUACUCCUGACAGUAUUUUUAUUUAAAACAUUGCCCUUUUUUGUGCAUUAUGAUCAAUUUGUAUUAAAUUAAAGUUACAGGGCACAGGUGUCUGUUCCAUUCAUUCUGAUGAACACAAAGCCCCACCCCGGAGAGGCGACACUCAUUAGCAUAGCCAGUCCGUUCCCAAGGCAGCCCUGCUGGACACAGAUCAGGAGCACAGUGAGGUCCAAAGACAGGAUGUGAGUCUGAGAAGCCCACAGCCUACACUGGACAGUAAGAACCGAGUUCUAGGCCAGCACCCACACCACAGCCCUGUGAGGACAGCCCCAGGCAGGGCAGACCUCUCUGCCUCGAGAAGAAUGGGGCAGCCUUGAAAGCAGGAAGGGAAGCCUACAGGGCAGCAAGAGUCUUGUCUCUUAAACUAUAUAGGCCUGGGCUCUGGAUCAGGCUUUACUUUAGGAAAAACAGCUUAACCUCCCAGGGCCUAAGUUGCUCCCCUCAGAGAAUAGGGAUAAUAGCAUGGACUUAGCAUGAUUUAUUGGGAAGCUAUAAACUGAACAGUCAACGGGGCCUGUCUCUCCUCCUGCAGUCUGUGCCUGAAACUACA